GUUUCCUGGGUCAACUCAGGCUGCUUCCCUGGCCGUUUCUCAAUAUGCGUUCUUGUGUGGACUUUUGUUCUCGUGGACUCGUGAAACGUCAUCAGUCUCAGCCCGAGUACUGUUCCAAUUCUCAAGUCCGCAUCUGGCCGAGAACGGUCAUAAUACCCGGAUGUGGCUCGCCCCGCCCAUUUUACCGGGCAUGCAUCGAAGCAGGCUCGUCUGUUCUUGUGAGAGACAUAUAUCCCAGAAUGCAUUUCACCUCAGCAACAGGCAACAACGACAGAGGAAAAUAAACACAACUUUAUGUCGAAGUUUAUAAAUACUACUUUUUUAAGUAACGUAAUGUAAUUUUCUGACUGAAUAGUAAAAUAUUUAAGUCAAAAACUAAAAUAAAAACGUAUUAGCAAGACCAGCUGACGUGGUGACGUCAUCAAGUCAGCUGCUGUUCCAAUUGCGGAAAUGACCGUUCUCCGUUCUCCCGAACCUGCGAGUCAGGACUCCCGAGUCUGUCUCCCGAGUCUAUUCUCGCGGGAACGCGAGUCCGUUCUCGCCGUCUUAGGUAUUGAGAAACGGCACUGUCUCAACCCUGUCACGUGACAGAAACGGGACACCGGUUUCUUGCGCGAAAUGUCUCGCAGUACUUUGUCCUCCCUUGUUGUUCCUUCUCCGCCCCGCCCUCACUCACCUGUCCGGUAAAUCCACCCCCUCCAUUCGGUUGGGGGGGCGCGAUGUGUCACAAACGUGUCUCCGUGAAGACCUCAGUGAGAAUGAGACACAAGGACGCGACGAGGAGAAUGCGUCCUUUAGUCGGAAUGUAGCGGCUUGUUGAGUUUAUUGUUUCGGACGUUUUUUUUUGAACAGGGUGUAAAGACACUGUUAAUGUGGCAGAAGAUGAAGUUUCUGUCCUUUCUGCGUUCAGUCAGAGACCCGGUUCCUGAAAACAUCCACAUCGCCUCUCUGCCUCCCAGUGUUCCCACGGAUCACAAGCCAGAACCCACUGGAGGACAAGCCGACAGCGUGGCGGAGGAGGAGAGGGCGGUGAUCCGGACCACACACACACACAGAGUCCCCGGCCCUUCCUUCUUCCUCCAGAAUCACAGUAAUGACCCCGUUGCGAGUACUUACUUCGAACAGAGGGUCCCUGUCCCCGAGGAGAGCAGUGAGAGGGGCUUCAGUGUCCGUAAGCUGUGGGCCUUCACUGGGCCGGGGUUCCUGAUGAGCAUAGCCUACCUGGACCCAGGUAACAUCGAGUCUGACCUGCAGUCUGGUGCUAAAGCUGGCUUUAAGCUCCUCUGGGUGCUGUUGACGGCGACCAUCGUCGGCCUGCUGCUGCAGCGGCUGGCGGCUCGGCUCGGCGUCGUCACCGGGAUGCACCUGGCAGAAGUCUGCAACCGCCAGUACCACGCGGUACCUCGGAUCAUCCUGUGGUUGAUGGUGGAGCUCGCGAUUAUCGGCUCAGACAUGCAGGAGGUCAUCGGCUGCGCCAUCGCUUUCAACCUCCUCUCCUCCGGCAGGAUCCCCUUAUGGGGCGGUGUCCUCAUCACCAUCAUCGACACGUUCGUCUUCCUCUUCUUAGACAAGUAUGGCCUAAGGAAGCUGGAGGCCUUUUUCGGCUUUCUUAUCACCAUCAUGGCCUUCACUUUUGGAUAUGAGUAUGUGACGGUGAGUCCGGACCAGGGCGAGCUGCUGAAGGGGAUGUUCCUGCCGUACUGCGAGGGCUGUGGCCCCGUUCAGCUGAGUCAGGCCGUCGGCAUCGUGGGGGCCGUCAUCAUGCCUCACAACAUCUACCUCCACUCUGCUCUCGUCAAGUCUCGAGAAGUGGAUCGGUCGAACAAGAAAGACGUGAGAGAGGCCAACAAGUAUUUCUUCAUCGAGUCGACCCUGGCGCUGUUUGUCUCCUUCCUCAUCAACGUGUUUGUGGUGGCGGUUUUCGCCGAGGCUUUCUAUGGCCGCACGAACCAAGAAGUGAACGAAGUCUGCAAUCAAACAGGAAGUCCUCAUUCAAAUCUUUUCCCCUUGAACAAUGAAACACUGGAGGUGAACCUCUACAAAGGGGGAGUGGUGCUCGGCUGCUUCUUUGGCCCGGCGGCGCUCUACAUCUGGGCCCUGGGGAUCCUUGCAGCUGGCCAGAGCUCCACCAUGACCGGAACGUACUCCGGCCAGUUCGUCAUGGAGGGUUUCCUGAACCUGCGCUGGUCGCGUUUCGCCCGGGUGCUGUUGACCCGCUCCAUCGCCAUCACUCCCACGCUGCUGGUGGCCAUCUUCCAGGAUGUGCAGCACCUGACGGGCAUGAAUGACUUCCUCAACGUGCUGCAGAGCAUGCAGUUGCCAUUUGCCCUCAUUCCCAUCCUCACGUUUACCAGUUUACCAUCUCUCAUGAAUGAGUUUGCCAACGGAUUAGUGUUUAAGAUCGGAGGAGGACUCGUGAUCCUGAUGGUGUGUUCCAUCAACAUGUACUUCGUCGUGGUCUUCGUGAGCGGCCUGGACAGCGCGUGGCUGUAUGCGCUGGCAGCCGUCCUCAGCGUAGCAUACCUGCUGUUUGUGGGAUAUUUGGUGUGGUUGUGUCUGAUAGCUCUGGGAGUUUCCCGCCUGGAUCCGACCACCAGGAGAGGGAACGACAUGACUAUCCUGAUGGAGCAGCGGCCAGAGUUUGACUCCUGAAUCAAAUACGGACCUUUAUUUCUACGGUGCAGCUGUGAGGAACCCGAUUGACCUUUUUGGAUCUGCUCAUGCCAAUGUAUUUAUAAUAAGGGUUCAGCAGAUUAAUGGAAUAGAUGUUUUUUGGUAUUUUCAUUGUUUUUAUAUGAAGUCACAGCCCAAAUAUUGACUUUACAGAACAUUUGAGAUGGGCUUUGCCAAUUUGACAGGUUUACAGGUGUGAAUUAGGUUUUACCUAAUGUUAACAAAUAGAUAACUUUAAACCUGACAGUUGCAAGAUUCGUCUAGUCCAUUUUAAUGUGGCCUUAAAGUAGGAUAACUGAAUACUAAGAAGAAAAAGUGACACAUUGCAUCACAGCGUAACUUUCCUGUUUUACACUAUAUCACUCUGAUAUUGCACCAUGACGGUCCUUUUCUAAAAUAAAAUACAGAAGACAUUACACCGAACACAUUAUGAAAAACUCUCAAUAAAAACGAGAACGGUAUUGGACAAAAAAUAAUUUGUGCACGGUGAAACCAUUAGGGAAUAAUAAUGAUAAAAAUAAUAAUACGUUUAUUUAUUUAUAAAUAAUGUAUGGACCCAGAUAACCAACGUAAACAACACAACAGCUUCAAGCAGCACAAAAAGUUAUAAUGACACAAAAACAUUUUGAAAGGUUGAAUUAAAUCAGCUGCGAUGCAGUUUUUACCAUGAACACAAGGAGGCAGUGCAGGCCGCCAAAGACACUGCUGGGACACAAUAAAUGUCCUACCACCGGAGCUGAACAACAUAUUAAAUUACAUGGUGUGUUACAUCACAUUUUAUGAGUUACAUCACAUUUCAUCUCGUCCUUACAGCUGUAAAGGCUCGGCAACAAAUGCAAUAGAAGGAGCUGCAGUGAUUUGAGUGCUUUUUCCCUGUGCAUUCACUUACAAUUUGACACCCCCGAGGCGAUCGCUUGCCUGAAGAUUUUCAACUAUUGUGCAACCGCAAGCGAGACCCGCUGGUUUCGGUGUUGCUUGAAUUCCGGCCUUGAAGUGCUUCAGCAUUUACAAGCCCACCAGAGGGAUAAGGCUUUUCUUUGCAUUGUGGCGGGCAGAGUUAUGUAAGAGAGCAGAGGGCUCUUCCCACCGCCCCUCUCUGUUUUUGUUUUUCUCAAUGAGCCAAUGUAUCCCUGCCGAGGCCUCACAGCCUGUCCAGUAGGCCCCUUUCCUGGAAACAUUGCCUAGCAGAGGCCACUCAGGGGCAGGCCUGCAGAAGUAGGAGGGGAG